AUGCGGUUGGUGCAGGAGUGCGAGGUACUUGCUCCGGCCGCGCAUCAGAUGCCGUUCUCCUUGCCCACAUCGGCCUUAUCCUCCCCUUCCGCCUCCGCGCUCCCAACGUCAGCGGCGGUGGCAACGGGCACUGGAUCAUCCUCGAUGGCCAGCGGACCCUUUUCGUGGGAUCGCGCUAAGGCAAUGCUGGUGAGAUACCUCGACCCCGACGACAACGCCAACAACCUCCGCGACGCCAAUGCGAAAGCUGUGCUUAGGGGUGUGUACGCGCUGCUCGACACGGUGAUCGCGCGCUAUCCGACGUUGACGCCGCUCACUUUUUUGAAACGGUACUCGGCGAUGCAGGAUCUGAGCAACGCGCAUCAGGCGCUAUACGCAGCGUGCGCGGCAUCUCUGGACGACGCGACGCUCCUCCGCAGCAUCAGCUGGGACGAGGUGCGACUGCACUGGCAAGCGCAGACUGGUGUCACCGCCACCACAUGCUCCACGCCCGCCUUCGCAGCCCUUCGACCGCUGCGCGUGGACAAGUCCGUCCUCGAAAAUCUCAAGACGAGUGUGGGCGGUGCCAGCAGCAAGGGCUUCUUCUCGUCCCCCUUCUUGGGAAAGGGGGCGGCGACACAGAUGAUGGCACAGCGGGCGGCAUCCGAUGAUAAUGAUGAUGACGUCGCGCCAUCAACGUGGCCCCUCGCUCAUUAUCCGGUGCAGCUGUUGCUCUGGCAGGCCAUGCGGUACGCUACGGCAGUCUACGGCGAAGUGUACCGGCGCGGCUCCCUCUCCUCUACGCUCUCAAUCGCACUGCUCUUCACGAUGAAGCGCGGCGGCGCCGAAGUAUCGAAGCAGGAAAAUGACUCAGCGGUGACGAGCUUGCUGGAGCUGCCACCGAGUGCUCUGCGGCUGUCGCGGUGGGCCUCACAGGCUACCGAGCCGAGCUACGCCCUCCUCGUGGACGACGUCGCCGGCCGCAUCGUCGUCUCCUUCCGCGGAACGUUAAACACGUUCGACAUCAUGACAGACCUCGCGGCGGUCAGCCAGCCAUUUUGUGGUGGCUACGCCCAUCAAGGUGCAGCGGAAGUGGUGAAUACGCUCUUUGAUCAGCGCGCCUCGCGGUAUGGGGAGAGAGUGAUACACAAAAGGAAAGCAGCUGCAGCUGCGACGGCGGCCGAGGUGGUCACAGACGCGACGCCGACCGCCGUGGAGGACGCAGCACGCCGUGUCAGCGUGCGUGCGGCAGCGACCCCGUUGCCUUCAGCGAAGAGAGUUGUGGGUGUGAAGGCGCAGACAUCGCUUAGUGCCACCGGCAGUGAAACAGAUGACAUCGGUACCCCUGAAGCGACCAAGGAGCCGGUGAUGGUCGCGCUGGAGCCGUAUGCACUGCAGCCGCUGGACACACCAGAUGGUCUUCUCGACGGGCUCGAGCAGCUUGCGGCGGAGCACCCGUCUUACUUGAUUCUCAUCACAGGCCACUCGCUCGGCGGCGGCGUUGCUGUGCUCUUCGCCACUCGGUUGCACUAUGACCAGGUGCUACCGCCGGCUGUGCUCAGGCGCAUUCACGUGAUCGCGUUUGCGCCGAUGCCGACCUUGUCCCUGCCAGCUGCGUCGUGCUUUGACCAGGUGAGCUGCGCGCGGGCCGACGGCGGCUACAGCCGUUGCGAUGUGCCGCAACAGAGCGCUCCGGCGGCUGCGUGCUUCCCGGUAUGGAAUGUUGUGAACGGCUUCGACUGUGUGCCGCGGCUGCAGGUGAACACCAUUGAUCGGCUGCUGCGGCAAAUGGUCGGACCUCAGAUCGCCGCCUCUGCGGAGGUGUCGUCGGCUGCGGCCCCGGCCGCCACAGAUGCACGGCAGCAAGUACUUCGAGAUGUGGGUGAGCGUGACACAGCGACAUACGGCGGGGCUGCCGGCGCGCAUGCGGAACGGGAGAUGGUAGACAUGCCCACAACACCCCCCAAGGCCACCACGACGGAAGCUUCAUUGCCGUGCGCACACGACAACGCCGUGCCAACAGCAGUGGACGAUACCAUGGCGGACGCCGCGCAAGCCUUCGUUUCUCAGGUGGUGAUUGGGGUGUGCACAUCGGCGGACGGUGACGCUCAGGGUGCAUCAAAUCUCAAGAGCUUACCUUCGAAGAGCGAGGACCGGAAGCACGAGGCGCGGGAUCUCUCUCACGAGCUUCACCACCCUGGACGGGUGCUUCUACUCACCUCGCCGUGGGACGGCAUGACGAACCGCCUGGUGGACGUGCCACGUGGCCAUCCUGUCAUGCACGAGCUGUUCCUCAUGAAGUCAAUGAUGAUGCAGCACAUGCUGGACUCGUACAGCGCGUCACUAGAAGAGAUACAUGAAGAUCCACGACGCACAAGCAGAGAGGAGCGGAGCUAG